CACUGAUAGGUGACACUGAUGAUGGGUACUGAUAGACGGCACUGACUGGCAUCAAUGCUGGGCACUGACUGGCACAACCGGCACAACCGCUGGGCACUGACUGGUGGCACUGACUGGCAGCACUGCUGGGCUGCACUGGUGGGUGGCACUGGUGGGGGCACAGGUGGGUGGCACUGCUGGGCACAGGUAGGUGGCACUUCUGGGCACAGGUGUGUGACACUGCAGAGUGGCACAGGUGGGUGCACUGCUGGGCACAGGUGGGUGCACUGCUGGGCACAGGUGGGCGGAACUUGCGGGUGGGACUGCUGGGCACCGAUCAUCAGGGCACUGAUCAUCAGUGCCCUGAUGAUCGGUGCCGAUCCUCGCUCUGACAACUGCCGAUUCUCGGCAGUACUUUCCUCACGAUCUGACAGCAUGAGGAAAGUGCAGCCGAGAACCGGCACUUGC